AUGUCAUACAGAGAUCUAAGGAAUUUCAGUGAAGCGAUGCGUGCUCUAGGCUACCCUCACCCGAUAUCCCUGGAAAGCUUCCGUAACCCAAACUGGGAGCUGGUGGAAGCGUGCCUACGCUGGCUGGCGGCCAGGGUGGAGCCCGACGCCGAGUUGGCGGGCGGGAAACACUCCGUGGAGCAACGAGUGGCCAUGGUCACGCACGCUACUGAACUUUUUCACUCGCGAGCUAAUCUGAAGCUCAACGGCAAGAAGCUGUACGGCGCAGACGGGUGGGCGGUCCGCGAACUACUCAAAGUGGCGAGUCUCCUGCGGGCGGCGCUGGACGCACCGAACCAGGACGACCAACUCUCUGACUCUAAUCCAUUGGUGUACGACGUCAGUAACCGAGUAAGUGAGAUCAAGCAAGCCCGAGCGCUGGCGACUGAUAUAACAGCGCAAGGGGCGUUUUUAUACGAUCUUCUGGCCAAAGAACCGGAGAAUAAGGAGCAUCGCGACAAGGCGCUGUCGCGGCCGCUGGACAUGGCGUCGCUGGAGGCGGCGCUGGCGCGCGCGGCGGCGGCGCUGGCGGCGCGCGUGGGCGCGGUGCGCGAGCAGAUCGCCAGCGUGGCGGCCAGCGAGGCGGCGCUGGACGCCAAGCUGGAGCGCCGCCGCGCCGAGCUACAGCGAGCGGAGAAGCGUCUACACACUGUGCAGAAGAUCAAGCCGGCGUACCAAGGCGAACUCACGGCUUUAGAGACCGAGAUCGAAGAGCUCUGGGACCAGUACGUGCUGCGGUACCGCUGCGUCGAGGCGCUGAAGCAUCAACUCAGUCUACUGGAGACUGCCCAGGCAGAGGCAGCAGAAGAGCAGCAAGCGGCCAUCAUGCAACUCAUCCACAAAUACGAAGCUGAAGAUGUGUUAGGAAAGAUAAGCGAUUCUGAUGAAGCGGAUUCGAGUGACGAGGGUAAGGAAUCUGUGAAGCAGCCACGACCUGCCACGCGACCCAAGACCAGACUGCGUAUAAAAACUGCAGGAGUGGGCCCAGACGCGCGGCACGCUUUCGGCGCCAUGCAGGCUCGCGACGAGCUGCGAGACCUUGACGACAGCUCCGACAGCGACCUGACCGACACGCAGCUCUAUGGCGGCGCUGGUGGUGGCGACGGCGCUGGCCGGUGGUCACGGCCGCGCCCGGCUACUCGCACGCUGGCCGCACCUGACGACUACGCAGAUCUUAUACACGUGGCAAAGGCCGAGGGCUCGGAGGGCUCGGAGGGCUCGCUGGGCUCGUCCUCCGAGAGCGAGCUGCGCCUCGCCAGCGCGCACCCGGGCACCGCCUCCGCGCUCAGCGACAACGAGUUCUGAACACUCGCCGUUGUUACCACUCGCUGGCAUCUGAUGGUACCACUGGACAGGCUACUGACACUUUGUUUUUAUCAACAGUUGAUUAAAUUAAGAACUCAAAUAUGUCUUUCUGCUACAUAAAACAA